CCCAGUGCCUAUUACUUGUUCCUUUCAGUUGCUUGCUUCUAGCAGCAGCUGCUCCCCGUUUGUAUCCGGGUCUGCUAUAGAGGUUGGCAAACCCAAUUGUUGGAAUUGUAUCCAAAAAAAUAGUCAACGGAAUGAAAACCUGAAGUGAUCCUAGAAACAUUGAAUUUGGUGUAUGGUUUUUGUUUUAUCGCUUGUGGCAAUUUGCAAACCUUUCUCCUUCUGGAUUUUCUGAAAUGUAACCUCCAGAUCUUACUGCAAAAAUGAAACCUGAUGAAACACCUAUGUUUGACCCACGUCUACUCCAAGAAGUGGACUGGAGCCAGAAUACAGCUACAUUUUCUCCAGCCAUUUCCCCAACUCAUCCUGGAGAAGGUUUGGUUUUGAGGCCUCUUUGUACUGCUGAUUUAAAUAGAGAAUCUUUUGAGCACAUGAAGAAAUCUGGGGAUUAUUAUGUUACAGUGGUGGAAGAUGUGACUUUAGGACAGAUUGUUGCUACAGCAACUCUGAUAAUAGAACAUAAAUUCACCCAUUCCUGUGCUAAGAGAGGAAGAAUAGAAGAUGUUGUUGUUAGUGAUGAAUGCAGAGGAAAGCAGCUUGGCAAAUUGUUAUUAUCAACCCUUACUUUGCUAAGCAAGAAAUUGAACUGUUAUAAGAUUACCCUUGAAUGUCUACCAAAAAACGUUGGUUUCUAUAAAAAGUUUGGAUAUACAGUAUCUGAAGAAAACUACAUGUAUCAAAGGUUCCUAAAGUAAAAAUCUUUUUAAAAAGACAUUUGUCUAAGGAGUUAAUGCAACAAGAUUGUAUACCCUUCCUAAAGUUAAAAUAGUUUGCUUCAACCCAGUGACCUCCACAAACAGUGGGUUGAAAAACCAUUGUAGUACAACAGAUGUGACAGAAGAUUACUUUGGGCUGGUGGAACAUGCUGUGAAUUUAGGUUACAAAUAAAUAUUAUAGAGGAUAAUUUUUAACCAAAGGAAUAUAUUUUUAACUUGAAUCUUUUCUUGCAUUGUAUUUUUCUAAAAUUUGGCUUUAUUUCUUGGUAGACUAUAGGAGAGGAGUUACGUAUUUGCUAUCUGUACUGCUCAUUUUAAGAAAUGCAUUCAAUGAAUAAGGCUAUUUACCACAUUCUUAAAAUUAGUAUUUUUGGUUCAAAGAAACAUUUAAAUAUGAAUGAAUAUAUGUAAUUUCCCAUAUAUUACUUGAAAUUGGAUAAUUAGACAUAACUACAUGUAGUUCAGUACAUUUGUUGAUCCUAAUGCUGUAUUGACAUAAUCUGGCCAACCUUUUAAAAUAGAAAUGAAAAUUAACUUAUAAAAUGUGAUGAUUCAAAUUAAAACAAUGUAAAUGUACAUCUAAAUGUUUAUAUAAUUCUAAUGUAGGCAAAGUGCCACCUGUGUUAUGUGUAAAAUAUAGUAUUUAUUUAAAGUAAGAGCAAAUAUAAGGUACUUUAAAACAAUGAGUUAGCAAAUCCUGGCAUAUAAUAGAACUAUUAUUCUGCUCACUAUCCUUUUUUGUUUGUUUUUAAGUUGAAGCAGAUAUUAGUAGAUAUGUUAUUAAUGGUUCUAAUCUUUUGCAUUCCAUGUUACAUCAUUAAACCUGUUCAUAUG